AUGAGUAGAAGGAUACUUUUGUCUGGUUUGGUAGGAUUAAGUGCUGGUACUGGCUUAACCUAUCUUCUUCUAAAAGAACGCUCUCCAGCACAAGUCGUUAAAUCACAAUACCCAAAUACUCAAACGCCUAACAAUAAAAUUCAACCUCACUCCUUCAAUGUUGACCCCUCUGGAUUCUUCAAGUAUGGGUUUCCUGGCCCCAUUCAUGAUCUGCAGAACCGCGAAGAAUUUAUUUCAUGUUAUAACCGACAAACGCAAAAUCCCUAUUGGGUCCUAGAACAUAUAACACCAGAAUCAUUAGCUGCAAGAAACGCCGACAGAAAGAAUUCUUUUUUCAAGGAAGAUGAAGUUAUUCCUGAAAAAUUUAGAGGUAAAUUAAGCGAUUAUUUUAGGUCCGGCUAUGAUCGUGGCCAUCAAGCCCCCGCUGCUGAUGCAAAAUUCUCUCAGCAGGCAAUGAAUGACACAUUUUACUUAUCCAAUAUGUGUCCUCAAGUGGGAGAAGGCUUCAAUAGAGAUUAUUGGGCUCAUUUGGAAUAUUUUUGUCGGGGGUUGACUAAGAAAUAUCAAAGUGUAAGAAUUAUUACUGGUCCAUUGUAUCUACCUAAAAAAGAUCCCGUUGAUAAUAAGUUCAGGGUUAGCUAUGAAAUAAUUGGUAACCCCCCUAGUAUUGCUGUUCCAACACAUUUUUUCAAAUUGAUUGUUGCCGAAGCACCAGAAACUAAUCCUGCUAGAGAGGAUAUUGCUGUCGCGGCAUUUGUAUUGCCGAAUGAACCAAUAUCCAAUGAAACGAAGUUGACUGAUUUUGAAGUUCCCAUAGAUGCUUUAGAAAGAAGUACUGGGUUAGAACUCCUGCAAAAAGUACCACCGUCUAAGAAAAAGGCAUUAUGCAAAGAGGUAAAUUGUCAAAUCGUGGUGAGAGACUUUUCUAACGCAGCGAUCAAACAAUCCAAAGAAUUGAAAUUAUUACCUCCUCCAAAAAGAAGUUGA